AUGGCGGCGCGCAUCAUGGUCGUUUUGUGUGGCUCCGAGGAACUCACCGGCACUUGCUUUUUCUGGGCCCUAUCUGGCCUUCUUGAGUGGUGUGAGGACGCAAGGCUUCGCGGUGUGGUCUCCUCUAUCCUCUAUUUGAUUGGCAAUGCUAGUGCGUUGCGCUUGAACAAGCCUGACGGCCUGGAGCCUUUCCGACUUGGUAUCUGUCCGCUCUCUCAGCUGCUGGACAUGUUCCGGUUCCGUGAAGCCACCGACCGUCGAGACAAGGUGUACGCUUUGCUUGGUAUUAUGUCAUCAGAUCCAGCGACAUCCGACAUCAUGCCAGAUUACGGCAUAGAAUGGGCCGAAUUAUUCCAAAAUCUCGUGAAAUCGAUGCUAGGCCAGAAAGUGAAGUCCGCUUGGAUCUCCAACGACGGUCGUGACUACGGUCGAAUCUUGGGCAAGGGAUGUAUUGUGGGUUAUGUAAGUGACGUAGACAACUCGAAGAACCACCACCAAACAGUGUCCAUCACGCCUACAUACCACCGUAGCCCUAUGGUCCAUCAAGAAUCGAAAAAAGCGCAACUGAGAUGGAUCUUGCAUAACUCCACUGCCGAGGUCCGCCAUGGCGACAUAGUCUGUUGGCUUGACGGUAGUAACGAGGCCACAAUAAUCCGGUUCCAGGGGAACUGUUUUGCAAUCGUCGUGGUGUUGGCCAGUUUUCCGCCUACUUUGGUCAAGAACCUCUUCCAGGAAGUGCGCGACUCGACGCGCCAUUCGAGCCGCGUUAAGAAAAGCGAUGAGAUGUUGGGUCCCAUGCAGCACAGCCGCAAUUUGGUUCUUGUCUGGAAUUUCGAUCCCAAGUGGACAACGCAGUGGACUAAAUUAUCAUCGUCUUCUGAAGCAGAACCAAAAGUAAUGUCCACUCUUUCUGACAUGAUACGAGUGCUGGAGGACGUCAAUGACACAGACGCCUUGGAAACCCUACUCGAACGGGGGUCUCAAUGUUAUCAAAGUGGGGAGAUAGCGCCAACUGGGGUAAUGGAGCAUUUCCAAGAUUUGCGCCAAACCCUUCCAAACUGGGACCUGUACCUUGGGCUGAAGACCGAUCUCCAGAAUGUAUUGUGCGGAGAAGGUUUCAAUUCUGGAUUGCCUAACGACAUCGAACUGGACCUUGUUGAAAUUCGAGCUAGAUUAACUGCCUACCCAGAACACGGCACAGAGCUCAUCAGAUCAUUGUUCAACGAGGUCUCCUUCCUCUCCGCAUCGACUAAUAGUAGAAAUGAGACGUUUUACGACCAGAACCGAAGGAUCAAGCUAGCUUUCAUGUUCGAUAUCUGGGGACAUGCCAUCACACUCGAUACAAUGCUUGCAUUGGUGGAAUAUGUCGAACGGAUCAAUUUCGAUCAACGGACUACUCUAGGGAACUUCGCGAGCCCUCUAUGUAUCGAAAUAGUCGAAGUUCUUGUGCGAUCGAGCGCACAACAUCCAGAAUGGGGUACAAGGUUUGUUGAGAGAUUCAUCAGCUUCGCAAAAGGCGAUGCUGAUCGCAUGUAUUGUCUUGUGCGUGCUUUCAUCGUCUCCUGUGCCGCUGCGGCGGUGUGGAAGCAACAGGUCGUCGAGGCUGUCCUGGCCACCCAUUUCCAAGAAGUCUCUGAGGCCAUUGUGGACAAGAAUGCUUGGAGCUCCUUGGACAUUGGAGGACGCUAUACGACGAUUGUUGAUUUCUUAUGGAGCCACUACGUGCUACGCGCCAAGGACUUCGUGGGUAUAUCUAUCAGCGGAACAUUUCAGCUACGAAGCCAGCUUAUGGAAAAGUUCGUCAACGAUUAUCGGUUCUGGAAAGCUUGUUACGAUGGACGCGCCGCUGACAUUUGGAGUGGAGUCGUGGAGAGCGGAAGGGUUGACCCUCAUAUGCUGGUCAUCUGUAAGGAUGUGAGGGGAAGGUGGUGUCGUGUGGCCGCUUUUGAGGCUGCGGCAAUGAAUGGUCAUGUCGCGUGCUGCAAGCUGCUCCUAGAGCGUGGUUUUGGCUACCGGAUAACAUCAGCAUUGCGGAUGCAACUUUGUGACCGAGAAAGCAUACCAAAUGCAAAAGAGAUAGCGAAGCUUUUGAGUACCUACAACCUGGCGGACUGGGAGAUACGGACCGUAGCGGAAGGCAGCAGUGGAGCCGCAUCCCGCAACGGGAGGAGAAGCGAAACAUGGUGA